AACAAGCAGCAGCUGCAGACAGUGAAGGAGCGCUUUCUGGCCUUCCUCAAUGGAGAAACUCAGAUUAUGGCAGACGAAGCCUUCUGCAAUGCUAUAAGAAGCUACUAUGAGGGCUUCCUGAAGAGCGAGCGAGUUUCUCGAAUGGUUCAAGGUGGUGGUUGCUCGGCCAAUGACUUUCGUGAGGUUUUUAAGAAAAACAUUGAGCGACGGGUCCGUAGCCUUCCGGAGAUUGAUGGUCUGAGUAAAGAGACUGUGCUGAGCUCCUGGAUUACCAAGUAUGAUACUAUCUACCGUGGGGAGGAAGACAUGCGUCGCCAACCACAGCGGGCACAUCUGAGUGCUGUGUCAGAGCUCAUCCUCAGUAAAGAGCAGCUGUAUGAGAUGUUCCAGCAGAUACUGGGAAUCCGCAAGUUUGAGCACCAACAGCUGUACAAUGCCUGUCAGCUUGACAAUGUGGAUGAGCAAGCUGCUCAGAUCCGUCGAGAGCUGGACGGGAGGUUACAGCUGGCUGACAAGAUUGCCAGGGAAAGGAGAUACCCGAAGUUUGUCUCUGCUGACAUGGAAGCUCUGUACAUUGAAGAGAUGCGUUCUUCUGUCAACUUGCUGAUGGCUAACUUGGAAAGCCUGCCUGUGUCUAAAGGAGGUCCAGACUUCAAACAGAAGCUUAAGCGCUCCUCCAUGAAUAACUCUUUCUUGGACAUCGGGGACGAAGGAGACAUCCUGUCCAAAUCGGAUGUUGUGCUGUCCUUUAAUCUGGAGGUUGUAAUUGUUGAGGUCCAGGGGCUGAAGUCAGUGGCUCCAAACCGAAUUGUUUACUGCACCAUGGAGGUGGAGGGGGGAGAAAAACUGCAGACUGACCAAGCAGAAGCAUCAAGACCACUGUGGGGCACUCAAGGAGACUUCACUACGACUCACCCCUUGCCUUUGGUUAAAGUAAAGCUAUUUACAGAAAGCACCGGUGUCUUGGCUCUGGAGGACAAGGAAUUGGGCAGGGUGGUGCUGAACCCCACUACCAGUGGACCGAAGCAAGCCGAGUUCCAUCGGAUGGUGGUGCCUAAAAACAGCCAGGACGCAGAUCUAAGGAUCAAACUGGCAGUCCGCAUGGACAAACCUCCCAACAUGAAGCAUAGUGGGUACCUGUAUGCUGUAGGACACAGAGUCUGGAAACGUUGGAAAAAAAGAUAUUUCGUUCUUGUUCAGGUGAGUCAAUACACAUUUGCAAUGUGCAGCUACAGAGAGAGGAAAGCUGAGCCCCAGGAGCUGAUGCAGCUGGAGGGCUACACUGUGGACUACUGCGACCCUCAGACAGGUCUGCAGGGUGGUCGUGUGUUUUUCAAUGCAGUGAAGGAGGGCGACCUGGUUACGUUCGCCUGUGACGACGAGCAGGAUCGAGUGCUGUGGGUCCAGGCAAUAUACAGAGCCACUGGGCAGUCGUAUAAACCAGUCCCACCAAUACACAACAAAACUGCAAACAGCAAAGAAGGAAACAUGAAAUCGUCUUGUAUCAGUCUGGAUCCAUCUCAGCGUCAGAGCGUGGAGGACUUGAUCUCUGCUGCUCCGAGUUGCUUUAACCAUGCUGCCCUGUUCACCGUUUUACAGAAACACACUCUGCAGCACCGCAUGAAUGACUCCUUCUCCUGCCUGGGUUGGUUCAGUCCUGGCCAGGUUUUUGUCCUGGAUGAGUACUGUGCCCGAUAUGGUGUUCGAGGUUGCCACCGCCACCUGAGUUACCUGAAGGACCUCAUGGACUAUGCAGAGAACAGCGUGCUGGUUGACCCCAUGCUGCUACAUUACAGCUAUGCUUUCUGUGCCUCACAUAUCCAUGGAAACAGGCCUGAUGGAACGGGGACAGUGACUUUGGAGGAGAAGGAGCAGUUUGAGGCUGUCAGAAAUCGGCUCAUAGUUUUGUUGGAGAACCAGAUAACCCACUUUAGGUACUGCUUUCCCUUUGGACGACCAGAUGGGGCCUUGAAAGCAACACUUUCGCUUCUGGAAAGGGUUCUGAUCAAAGACAUCACCACAGUUGUUCCUACAGAAGAGACAAAGAAACGAGUUCAAAGGUGUUUGGAAAAGGCAGCCCAGAUCAACUACAGUCAGCUGAUGGACUAUGCUCAGAUCAAUGUGGAUUCAGAGGAAGUACCGGAGAAAAGACUGGAGGAUACGCUGAGGUUGGGAGAGCUGUGCAUUGAAGUCCUUCAACAGAAUGACGAGCAUCACUCAGAGGGAAGAGAGGCUUUCUCGUGGUGGCCAGAGCUGAUGGCUGAACAUGCUGAGACGUUUCUGUCUCUGUACAGAGUUGGCAUGGAUUCUGCUCUACAGGUCCAGCCUGUUGAUUCCUGGAACAGCUUCCCACUAUUUCAGCUCCUGAACAACUUUCUUCGAGCAGACUCUCAUCUUUGCAAUGGAGCUUUCCACAAACACCUUCAGGAGGUGUUUAUCCCUCUGGUGGUGCGAUACAUUGAUCUCAUGGAGACAUCUAUUGCCCAGUCGAUCCACCGGGGCUUUGAGCAGGAGACCUGGCAGUCAGUCAAAUUAUUAACUAACAAUCUGGCCAACGUUCCUCUUCCUAAAGUCCCCAGCCUUCCCCUCACUUUGCCACAGAUGCCCAGCUUCUCGGUGCCUACUUGGAUUGGACCUCUCUAUGAGAACACCUUGCAAGGAGUAAAUCUACCUGAUAUGUUUAAUGGAUCCGCCACCUCUGAGGAUUUGUUCUGGAAGUUGGAUGCUCUGCAGAUGUUUGUGAUGGACCUCCACUGGCCGGAGCCUGAGUUUGCCAGCCAUCUGGAGCAAAGACUCAAAUUGAUGGCCAGUGACAUGAUGGAGGCCUGUGUCAAAAGGACAAAAUCUGCAUUUGAUGGCAAAAUGCAGAAAGCGAGUAAGUCUACAGAGUUCCGGGUGCCUCUGUCUGUCUGCACCAUGUUCAACAUGCUGUUGGAUGCUAAGAAGCAGUGCGCCAAACUCUGUGUGCUGGACUACAAUCAGGAGAUUGACAUACAAUGGCAACAGUACCACUCCAAAAUCGAUGUUCUGAUUGAUGACACGUUUAAAGAAAUGGUCUUGUCCCUUAUCUCAAAGUGUGCUGCUGUUUUAGAAGGUGUCCUCUCCAAGCUCUCGAGAUAUGAUGAAGGCACAUUCUUCUCCUCCAUCCUCUCUUUCACAGUGAAAGCAGCGGCCAAAUAUGUGGAGGUCCCUAAACCAGGAAUGGAUCUGGCAGACACCUACAUCAUCUUUGUUCGGCAGAACCAGGACAUCCUUCGAGACCAUAUCAACGACGAGGUCUGCAUUGAGAAGGUGUUUGAUCAAUGGUACAUAAGCUCCAUGAGGGCUGUGUGUGUUUGGCUGACUGACAGACUGGACUUGCAGCUCCACAUUUACCAGCUGAAAGUACUCAUCAAGAUUGUAAAGAAGACCUACCGUGACUUCAGGCUGCAGGGUGUGCUUGAUGGCACGCUCAACAACAGUAGCUACGAGACCAUCUGCAACCGGCUGAAGGUGGAGGAGGCCACAGCAGCAGUCAAGGCAGGCGAUGGCCUGCAGGGCAUCAGCAUGAGAGACAGCGAUGAAGAGGACAGCUAAACCCAAACACACUUUGUCCUCAUAUGUACUUAGUAGUUUGCACAGAACUUUAUGUAUCAGGACAUACUUGGAAUGAUAAAACAAAUGGAAAGCUGAAAAUCGAAGAUAUAUGUACUGUGCGGUGAUAUGACCAUGUGUCAACAUCCAAAUAAGAUAUUCUAAUGUUAAUUUGUUUGUUUUGGAUCCUUUUACGAGAAAAGAGAUAUGUCCACCUUGUUCUAAAAAUGUUGCCUCUUUGUUAAGUCAGUGAACUCUGAAGUGUCCUUCUUUUUUGUUACAUUGUUCAAUUUAACUGUGGGCCUAACUAAAUUUAGUACAAGAAGUAAAGAAAUUUGUGUUUAGUCAAUUAUUUUCUCAAUUUUAACAGUGCUUGGGGUCAGUUUAUCUUAAACUGUUGCCAAGCCUGAUCAUUUUCCCUUAGAUGCUGCCACAUUUGUGAGGGAAAAUGCAUUUGGAAGAAUGAAAGAAUUCCAUAUCUUACUAAAAUUGAUCAGGGAAAUAGUGCAAGUUAUAAGCCACACCCCUUUUGUUCUGAAAUCCAAGCUGCAUGUUCUGAAAGCACAAACUUCAGUGAUGUGAAUGACAUGAAGGGCAGUUCAUGGUUUGCUGUUUAUCUGAGAGGGGCUUAAGCUAGCAUUAAGCAGCUCUGACAGCGAACAGCCGCUGUGAACAAAGCUGUCUGCUGAGUAUGAGCCACUUUAGGAAAGUCUUUGUGGAAACCACUAUAAAUUAAAUACUCCUUCCUUUAAACUUUACUUGGCAUAUUGAAGCCAGGGGACUUACCAUAAAAAGCUGAGAGCUUGCUGCUGUGCAGGUAGACCUGGUGCUACACAGUACCAGUUGAUCCAGAUCUCAACUUCCAAGCUAAAGGAGUAGAGAGCAGCAGAAACACCUAGACUUUUGUAUUACUUUAACUAUCAUGCAUGGAAUUUAAGCCAAAACAAUAGCACAGACCUCUUACAUUCAGGUUACUGGAAGGUUUGUCAAUCUUGCUUUCCUUUGCAGAGGUUUUUGAUGCUAACAGGCUGAUUGUCACUCCAAAGGUCACAUUUUCUGUGCUACUUUACAACAAAAACAUCAAAACAUGAGAAGCAGAUGGGGAUAAAGCCAUAUUAGAAUCCAGAUAACAGAAACACAGAGAACAGCAGAGACUAUGUAAGAUGUAAAUAAGAUCACAGGCUGCUAUGAGUACAAGAUGAUGUCAUACACCAACAUGACAGUUUUUAAAAAGCAGAACUUGUUCAUCCAGGGGCUGUACAUUUAGAUUUUUCUCAGUGGGGAACUCUGAAUAUAUGAUUUUGGUUUUAGGUCAUGUGAACUGAACUUUGAACUAAUUUGGAUAUUGAACACUGUGUGAACAUUAGCUUUCUCUUAUAAACAGGACACAGUGUGAUGGUAGCAAUCUGGCAACAAGGACCAGUUCUGAACAGGUUAUGUCUAAAUGACUGUGUCAGCAGAGUUACAGUUAUAUCAAGGAGAUGUUAAAGCAGUUAUGUAGCUUUUCCAGCAGUUGGUUGGUUUACCAAGUAAGUAUAUAACCUCAGAUAAGGUCAGGGAAAUCCAAAGUGUUUGAGUCGAAAGCAUCUGGAUGGUGUUUUUGAUUCUAGAUACGUACUCUUGAGAAGAUCCACUCAGGAUGUUCCGUUUACACAUUUAAGUCAACUACAACAUAUCUGCAUUAAUUACGAAAAAGGUGUGCAGAUUACAUGUGGUUGUUUGUUGUGGGAUGGACUGACAAUCUGCCCAGAGUGUACCCUGGCUCUUGGCCAAACCCGAACUCAGUGUUGUUCACAAAGUCUUUACAAACUCAAGUUUCCCCGUUUAGCAGUUUAUACUGCUUUUGAACAGCAAACACAAAGUAUGAGCAUGGGAACACAUGUUUCAAUAACCUACAGCUUCCAAAAGGAAAAGGGGAAAACAAUAUUUUCCAUGUAAAACAAGGACCAAGACCUUCUGACUGUUGGGCCGGUCAGAUAAUGAAAAAUUUCAGCCUAUGCAUCUUUUCACACACACAUGAUGAACCAUACAGUUAGGUUCCAAAUUAUUCAUACCUCUCAACAAUGUUUUAGAAUAUCUCAGUGAGAGCCUCAACUUGAACUUGACAGAGAAUAUGUGGAGGGAGCUAAAGAAAAGGGCAAGGAGGCCCGCUAAGCUCUACCACCUGGAGCUCCUAACCAAAGAGUUAUCACAACCUCCAUUGAAAAAUGCACAACGCUGCUAAGCAAUGGCAGGAAGGUGUUCAAUGUGCUAAUGCCAAUACAGAUCUUCCCACUGAUUAUUUAGAAAGGGAUAAAUCAUUAAUAACUUGCUGUUUCUUCUUGAAAUAUUCGCCGGUCACAUUGUGAGGCAGAAACAAAAUUGUUGGUUGAUGAAACAACUUUAAAUCUAAAUAGUUGCUCUCCUCCAUGUGCAGCUGUGCUCAAACUGAUGUGACGUUCCAGGCCAGAACUCCUCCCUUCUGCUGUGUUUUAGCCUUACAGUAGCUCAGCGUUCUAAGGAUCAGUCGGGCUAGGGUGCUGUGCGAUAUAUUCAUUUUUUUGACAAUACCAGUAGGUUGAUUACCCUUAGAAAUAUAUUUUUGACAAAUGUAGUAUUAAGGUUCUGGCUGUGGUGAUCAAACUACGCUGUUGUUGCAUGCUAGCUUGUUCUUUUGGCUGGAAUCCAUGUAGUUCUUCACUACUUGUUGCAACUUAUCCUCUGACUUCACAGGAAACACUACUGGAGUGGUUCUUAGUUCAAACAGCCUGUCCUGCUAAUAUGUGUUCAUGUGUAACUCAAGGAAUCAGAGGUUGUUGGAAAAAGUGUUUGCUCCCUGUGGGGGAGCUAAUGGGAGGAAAUUCCAUAAACAAAUUCAAGAAAUCAAGCAGCUAGUCAGGUUUAGAAGAUCCCACAGUGAUGGCCAUCAAUAAUUCAGCUAUAUAAAGUACAUUUUAAAGAAAUUCAGCAGUACUGAUGGAUGGAUUAGAACUCCUUUCAUGUACCAAAGAUGUAUCAGCUGUAUAAACUAGGACGUGUUUUGGACUUGCAACUGAACUUUUUUGUAUAAUGUCAUAAACUUCAAUGUAUCUAAUUCCAAUUUUUAGUGAUAGUUUAACCCAAAGUAGUGCAUUUUUGGGAGAGUGGAAGGACAAUUAAACACAGUUGCAGGCGUUUGGGUCAUAUCUCUACCAGUUUUGAACAUUCACAGACUGAUAUUUUUUGCAGAUUCUUCACAAACAGCUCAAGCUCAGUCAGACCGGGUGGAAAGUGUCCAACAGCGAAUUUCAAAAUAGGGUGGUUGUUCAGCUGGAAGGUGAGCAUCGAUCCCAGUCUCAAAAUUGACAGGUUUUCUUCCAGGAUGGUCCAUCUACCUUCCCAUCAUCUGACCAGCUUAUCUGUCCCUGCUGAACUAAAGCCUUUAAACAUGACAACGCUCUCUUUACCGUAUUAAUGGUGGGGGUUGAUUGUGUCCAGGUCUUGUCCACUGUUAGUUACCCAUCACACAACAUGCAAAACGGUAUGUUUUGCAUUUUGGCAAAACUUCAAUUUUGGUCUCAUUUGAUAAAAAGUCUUGCUUCCCCAUAUUUUGAUUCUGGCUUGAUGUCAACAAUGGUUUUCUUCUUGCUCCACUUACAUAAAGGUCAGUGCCCACAUUCUCAAAGAUUCUCAGAGAGUUCUUAUCUUUGCCUAAUAAUUUCAACUGAGGAGUCCUAGUUUAGGCGUUAUUCAGAUGCAGCUGAGAGCGACUGUGAGAAAGGAGACGACAGAACUUUUUUAUCUCAGUGAGGAGUUGUGGUUGACACUGUUGCUAGGUGGGACACCAUCUUUUAAGAGCUGUGAUUGGUUAAUAGUGCAGGGGGAAUAAAACAACAAAGAUGGGCUCUUAGUAAUCAUAGGAGAGAAAUUAAUGAAUUAGACUGGAUUAGGAAAUGUUUUACAUGAUGAUGAAAUAAUUUUUUUUAAUAAUUAUCACACAACAUCACAACAGCAAGCAGGCCUCAAUCGAAGGCAACUGGGCUUUUGCUCAGUUCUUUCUGAAAACGACACCUCCCCAGGAGAUUUUGUCAAUUCUGGUGGCUCGCACUUGAACAACCUGCAGUCAGACUGCUGCUGUUUUUAAAGAACAUGGAGACCCAUCCUCCAAGGCGAAUUUUAGUCCCAUGCAAAUCCCACCCACCACUGUCCUGGGCCGUUAGAAGCUAUUGCUUGGUGUGAGUGGAGUACUUGGUCACCUGAAUCCUGAGACUGCUGAUGUAAUCUCUUUGGAAAGUGUUGGAGGUCCGAGCUGUAAACUCUGUUUGAACACACCUCAUUUACAUCCUCAUCAAGUUGCUUGUUAUGUUUAAUCCCCGCACUGGUCAUUUUGCUACUUGAUCUAUUUGACAUUAAUAUGCACUCACCUGUUGACAUUUUACUGGGACUGCCUGCUUGUAUAAGGCGGUUGGGUUUGCCAAAAACACAGACAUAAAAUAGAGAAAAAAGGUGGGAAAAAAUGAGAGGAGCAGCACGUUUGUCCGCACAGCUCUGGGAGGAGAAUAGAUGAGUGUUGAAAGGUAAAUUGGUCCCUGGAUCAUGGCGCAAAUACACAGACUUUGAAGCUUAUUGCUGUAGAUCAAUGCAUCUUUCUCUCCAUGUGUCUUUUUUUCUCCUUUCACGCACCAAUCUGGAAAGUGAAAAGCGCUCUGUGCAGCAAACAAAAACCACAGGAAAUGCCAUCACACAAGCAACCUUCCAGAUGACCAUUUAGGCUACUGACACCAUCAUGUUCAAUACUUUCUCACCUGAUUUGUCUUGUCUAGAGUGUAUUUAUGUAUAGAUUUUUCUGUGACAUUUCCAUUUUUUUCCGAAAAUGUUUACUAUUGAGAGCAUUACUGUAAAUAAUAUAGAAUUCCUCUGUGCUAUAUUUCUACAUUUCUCCAAUUUUUAUUCAUGAUUAUUCCAUUUUUUCCUAUUUAUUUUUCCUCAGUAAAAUGAUCUUACUAGAGCCACACAUCUAACCUGUCCGGCCACUGAAAAUAAAUAACUUUAAGACUCCUAAGAAAAAUCUUCUAUUCUAAGAUUUUUUUGUGAAAUGGCGUCACUAAAAGCUGCUUUUAGUUUUAGGAUUAUUUGUGAAUAUGGGCACAGAUUUAUUGAGUAUAUCUAAUAAUUACACUUUAGACUGAUCCUAGCACCUGAGCUGUGGAUCUCUGCAGGUCCUCCAGAGUUACCAUGGUCCACUUGGCCGCUUCUUUGAUUAACACUCUCCUUGUCCAGCCUGUCAGUUUAGGUGGUUGUGUCCAUGUCUUGGCAGGUCUGCAGGUCAUCCAUCUCUCCAUGUCCAGAUGAUGGGUUAAACAGAGAUCUGGGAGAAUGUUGUAGAACCUAACCCUUUCAGUUUCAUAAUUUUGCAUUCCUUUGAGUUGGUCUGUCACAUAAUUCGUAAGAAAUCAAAUGAAAUUUGCUGUUGUGAUGUGACAAAAUAUGACAAAUGUUUGACGGGUGUGAAUAAUUUGGAAAGGCACUGUAUCCAAACCAGUUAGAAUGGAUCAGUUAGAAUGGCAUCAGUUGGAAUGGAUCAGGUAUUAUGUAGCUCCUCAAGAAUUGCAUUGAUGAGGUGGACUGGAUUCAACAGUUUAUGGUGGUUCUUUAAACAGUUUCAUGUUUGUUGUUCAGCAUACCUUGGGUCUGUGAUAGUCUCUGAUUGUACAAGUGCCUUCAUUUACUGUUUGAUUUCAUCUCUGCCUCCAGAAGUACCCGAUGCUUUGAAUCUAUUAAGCUGUUGGACUGCUAAUGAACGUCGUCAUACCUUGUAAAUGUACAAAAAUGUAAUGUUGUGUGUGAUUAACUUUUAUUUUCUACUGUGAUAUUUCUGAAUCUUGAACUGUUGUAGCCAUGAACAAACAUAGAAAUGUAGGAUUUGUAAUAGCUGUGUUGAUGUUCAGAAGAGAUGUUGAGGAAUGUAAAUCCAAGGUUUAACAAAUUCUUUUUUUUAAUCCGUGUUUUUGAAUUUAUUCUGGUGUGCAUUCGCUUGAGAAUUAAAGUCUGUAAAGAUGUCAAACCUGUUAAAA